UUGAUGGGGAACAGGACAGGAGUGACAGAGUUCAUCCUCCUGGGACUAACCAAUGUCCCAGAACUGCAAGUCCCUCUCUUUGUAAUGUUCAUGCUCAUCUACUUCACUACUGUGGUUGGAAACUUGGGGAUGAUCAUGUUGAUCCUGCUGGACUCUCAUCUCCACACUCCCAUGUACUUUUUCCUCAGUAACCUGUCUCUGGCAGACAUUUGUUAUUCCUCAGCUGUCACUCCCACAGUCAUGGCUGGGCUCCUUAUAGGCGACAAGGUCAUCUCCUACAAGGCCUGUGCUGCUCAGAUGUUCUGUUUUGCAACCUUUGCCAGUGUGGAAAAUUUCCUCUUGGCAUCAAUGGCUUAUGACCGCUAUGCUGCCGUGUGCAGACCUCUGCAUUACACCACCACCAUGACAACAAGUGUGUGUGUUUGUCUGGCCAUUGGCUGCUAUGCUGGUGGUCUUCUGAAUGCCUCCAUCUACACUGGGGACACAUUCAGUCUCUCGUUCUGUAAAUACAAUGUGGUCCAUCAUUUUUUCUGUGAUAUUCCAGCAGUGAUGGUUCUUUCUUGCUCUGAUAGACAUGUUAAUGAGAUGGUUCUUAUUUAUGUUGUAACCUACAAUAUCUUUUUUGCCCUACUUGUCAUCUUAAUAUCCUAUACGUUCAUUUUUAUCACCAUCCUAAAGAUGCAUUCAGUAGCAGGAUACCAAAAGGCAUUGUCUACAUGUGCAUCUCACCUCUCAGCAGUUUCCAUAUUUUAUGGGACUGUCAUCUUUAUGUACUUACAGCCCAGCUCCAGUCAUUCCAUGGACACAGACAAAAUCAUAUCUGUGUUUUAUACUAUGGUCAUUCCCAUGCUGAAUCCUGUAGUCUACAGCCUAAGGAAUAAAGAGGUGAAGAAAGCAUUCAAGAAAGUUGUUGCAAAGGCAAAAUUGUCUAUAAGAUUGUGA